UGGAACCAGUUCCUGAAGCGCGGGUGGGCGCGGCUGGCGUUGUGGCGGCGGCGGCGCGGGCGGCGGGCGCGGGGCCUGGGCGUGGGGCUGUGGGCCGAGGGGGCGUCGCCCCCGCCCAACUGCGGCCCGGCGGGCAGCCUCCUGCCCACCCAGCUGGAAGAGCGCCUCGAGGGCCCGCAGGAGCUGCUCGGCGGUGAGAGCGCGGAGGUCUUGUGGCUGUGGGGAGACGACCCGCACAGCGGCGCGCAGCUACUGCUGCGGAUGGAGAGGCGACCGCAGCGCCCCUGCCCGGAGCCCUGGCUGCACCUGCGGCUGCCCGGAGGGCCAGCCCCCGGGCGGGCGGCGGCGACGGCGGGAGCGCAGGGCAGCACCGCGUGGGCGGCCGCCGGACUGCACCUGGAAGUGCUGGAGCCCAUGCGGCGCUGGAGGCUGCGUUUCAACGGGCUGCUCAGACGUAUUGAUGAAGAACACAUUUCAAAAGAAAACAGCGACGAGGAGAAACAACCAGUUAUUGAACCUGUCUCCUUCAGAUUCUUGUGGCGCGCCGCCAGCCAGCCGGUGGAGCUGCAGGGCGACUGGCACCCGGCGCUGCAGGCGAACGCGCUGGCGCUCGAACCCUGGCGCGACGGCCGCUGGCUCGCCAUGACG